AUGAUGUUGUACGAUGAAAUAGCCCAGGAAGAUGCAAAGCUGCUACUCGAGGCAUGGGGAAAAAAGCUUGACGCAGCGCAGAAAGAGAUCGUUGACUUCGUCAUCAAACGAGUGGGAAGUGAUGUCGCUGGAGAGUUUGGUGGCUAUCUCAAAGGAUCCUACAACAUCUGUCUGGUCGUCAACGUCAACAUGAAGCCCACAUACGUGAUACGCUUUCCACAGCCGGGAACAACGGCAACACCUUUCCUGGAUGAGAAGGUUCGAAAUGAAAUCCAAGUCAUGGAAUUGUUGCGCCAGACCACGAUACCCCUGCCGAAGGUGUACAGCUGGGGGUUAACCAGCGAUAGCCCAUCGAAUAUCGGUCCAUUCAUCAUAAUGGAGUAUGUUGAAGGCGGACGAUUGAUCGACGAGAUGCAACAGCCUAUCAAGACCGACGACGGUGUCGAAAUGGAUCUCUGGGAAGAUUUGGGCAAUCCAAGAGUACUUCACGCCUACAGCCAAAUAGCUGACUAUUUGCUGCAAAUCUAUCAACUGGACUUCGAUGCUGCCGGUUCUAUAAGCAGGAGUGGCUCAAAUAAGUGGGUAGUUAGCGAGCGGCCCUUGACUGAUAAUAUGAACAUCUUGGCCCGGAAUAUUCCAAAUUAUCCAACUCAACACUUCCCCGCUACCACCAUUUCAUCUCCGAGGAUGUACUUCCGACAACUUGCCGAUCAGCACCUAGCUCAUUUGCACACCCAACGUAACGCCGUAGAGAAUCGCGAACAUGCUAGACGAUGUUUCAUCGCUCGGCACCGCCUCAAACAGUCUAUCGACCAGUACCUAUCUACCGCUGCCGAUACCAGUCCAUUCAAGCUAUACUGCUGGGACUUCCAUCCAUCGAACAUGAUCGUAGACGAAGAGUUGAACAUCAAAGCCGUACUGGACUUUGAAUUUUGUACCGUUCUGCCCGCAGAGCUCUCCCACGAUCCGCCAUGGUGGCUUACAAUACUGCGACCCACUACUUGGAUUGACAACGACUUUGAUUUUGGAGCAUUGAAGGCGAGGCUCGAGCCGCACAUCAAACAGUUCUUACAGGUGAUGGAGAAGAAGGAGAAAGAAAAGGGUGGGUCGGUGGCACUACUAUCCGCCCGCAUGCGAGACUCAUGGGCAUCUAACAAAUUUUGGUUCAACCUCGCCAUGAGUGACAGCUGGAGUAUUGAUGCUGUGUAUUGGGCUGCGCUGCAUAAGCCAGGUGAUGAGGUGCUAGACAAUGUUCUGAAGGGCGAGAUGGAGGCAUUUGUGGAGAUGAAGAUGGAGCAGUUGGAUGCAUAUAACGCGGAGUGUAAGGAACGUGGACUUUGA